UGGAAGGCAGCGCACAUCCUUCCAAGCGCGCGACAGCAGGUGCAGAGGAGUGGGGUUCUGGCGGCAUCAUUAGCUUACUGCAUCAAAACAAAGCGGAAUACAUAAUUUUUCAUAAAGAAUACCACUCUCAGAAGAUGGUAGCAAAACAAAGGAUCCGUAUGGCAAACGAAAAACACAGCAAAAACAUCACACAGAGAGGCAACGUUGCAAAGACGCUGCGACCACAGGAAGAGAAGUAUCCAGUCGGGCCUUGGCUUCUGGCUCUCUUCGUCUUUGUUGUCUGUGGAUCAGCCAUCUUCCAGAUCAUCCAGAGUAUCCGGAUGGGAAUGUAAUCCAGAGGACCCACUCAAGAGUAUCUCUCCUCCGUAACAUCUUCCUGGGGUAGUUGGUCACCAUCAGCCAGAGUCCUUUACAGGCCAGGCUAGCCAGAAACACGGACAACUUUGCCGACCCGGAGCAAACUCGCUGAAUCUGUCUGACAACUCUUCCCCUGUAUCCCUCCUUCCAUCCUCAUCCUUUCCUCUAUCCUCAUCCCUCCUUCCAUCCUCACCCUUUCCUCUAUCCUUAUCCCUCCUUUGCUCAGCGUUUACAUUGUCCUGGGACUGAUUUUUCUACUCACUGGCUGAACCACACUGGCUGGACUUUCCCCCUACAGUGUCUUAGCACUUGUGUGUUUGUGUGCAUUUCUUUGUGUGUGUGUGUUUGUUCGAUUACGUGACUCCUGCUGACAAUGUACCACAGUACUUUGUUUCUAAAAUUAUCUGUGUUGCGUGAGAACCUUUUUCAAAUAAAUGUGA